AGCAGCUAAGUUUCACACUUACACCUAAUAGCUAGGUGAUGGACUUUUAGAGAAAAUGGUAAUGCGAGCUUGAUGGAUCUUAAAUGACAUUGCACAACAUCAGCUGAAACGGAGGUAAUUUCUAUAAAGCGGUUAUAUCGUUAACAGAGCAGCUGCUAUGGGUCUGUGCAAGUGUCCCAAGCGGAAAGUGACCAAUUUGUUCUGUUUUGAACAUCGCGUAAAUGUUUGUGAACAUUGCCUGGUCUCCAACCAUAACAAGUGCAUUGUGCAGUCAUAUCUGCAAUGGCUUCAGGACAGUGAUUACAACCCAAACUGCACUUUGUGUAACAAUCUCCUAACUGCUGAGGACACUGUCAGAUUGAUCUGCUAUGAUGUGUUCCACUGGUCCUGUCUUAAUAAUCUGGCAGCACGUCUGCCCCUCCAUACGGCUCCAGCGGGAUACCAGUGUCCCACUUGUCAAGGUCCAGUGUUUCCACCUUCUAACCUGGAAAGCCCAAUAGCUGACAUGCUGAAAGAGCAGCUGUCAUCAGUCAACUGGGCUCGAGCUGGUUUAGGGCUGCCACUGAUUGAAGAUCCUAGUGGCGUUCUUGAAGAGAGCACACCAAAUGAUGUCACUGAUUAUGCGGACUGGUCUACAUUUGACGCACAAGAGAAAAGUGAGGUUUACCCUAGCCACUCUUACACUUCCAAUGUCGGCCAGAAUUCAACAUCUGUUCAGCUUACAGCACAAGAAGAUCAUGACAUUCCCCAUAACAAUGUGGAGCCAAUUGUGCAAGAACAUGCUGUGAUCAACUUUACAACUGCCACUACCUGUGACACCAUCACAAUACACGCAGCAUCAUCACCAAGAAAGGUCUAUGACACACGGGACACUGGUCAUAGCUCUGUCACACAGAUUGAUUUUGAUGAUGAUAAGUACCGGCGACGGCCAGCACUUAGCUGGUUUGCUCAAAUUCUCAAAAACCGGACAGGUGCAAAGAGGACUUCAUUGACCUGGAAACAGCGGGUCUUCGUGUUUCUUCUGAUUGGGGUUCUAGGAUUCUUUACGCUGAUAAUCAUUAUGGCCAAACUUGGACGUGCGUCAGCAGGCUUAGACCCAAAUUUAGAUCCUCUCCUUAACCCCAACAUCCGUGUGGGGAAAAACUAAUCGACACUCAUCACCUCAUCGCUCACGUGAAUUACACAACAUAGGCCUGCGUCGAAAGAGCUGAAUUUGGACUGCCUAUGAUGUGGUGGGACCAGCAGAGGGAGGCAUUACCUGACUUAAACGGAGAAGAGAACGGAACAAUGCCUAUUUGAAAGGAGAAAAGCCAUGGGUCCAGUCAUUCUAAACAAGCAAACGGUGUUUGCACAUGGCCCUUUGCAAGGCACAGAAAAAAAAUCUCUUACCAUAUAUAGUGACUCUCUGAUUGGUGUGGGCUGGCUGUAAUGCCGAGCAAAGCUGUCUGCCAACUGGACAUGGCAAACUAAAGUGUUCAUGGGAUAAGACUUUUAGAGAAAGAGUUUUUGUUACUCUAAUUGGCUACUGAUAACAGCUGGGCAGUGUUAUACUGACAGUAUUUUCUGUUUGAAAAAUACUCAUCUUUGAAAUGAUAUAUUUUUAUUUAUCUGAAAUAAUGAGGUAAUAGAAUUAAGGCUAUUGAUUUGCUAAAAGAGAUACUGGAAAAGUGAUCAGUACUUUAUGGUCAGACAGCGUGUCCUGUCCUGUUCAGUAAGUCUGGAAGGUUCUAGUUUAAUUCCAGUUGGGAGAGGGAGCUUUCAGUAAUUGUGGAAAUCUUCUUUUACAGUUUCUCUCUUACCACCUACAUAAACAAGGACAAGAAGCAUAGAGAUGACACUCUUGGAUUAGGUUCAGGUUUUAUUGCACAUAAUACACUAAUGGCCAUACGUGUUCGUGUUUGCUUCUGAAAUUUCAAAACUUGCCGUGCUUUGCUUUUAUGGUUGCCAUUAAUACUGUAUGUAAACUUUGACCAUAAUUUUUUGACUGUUCAUUAAAUGGGAAUA